CUUCACGUUUCUCUCUUUUGUCCCCAGAAACCCCAUGGAUCGGUUGGAUCCCCGAACCUUCUACUUCCACUUCCGCAACCUGGAAUUCGCCAAUGGACGGAACUGCUCCUACCUCUGCUUCCAAGUGGAAAGAGAGGAGAAUGGCUCACUUGUCCUCAUUGACACGGGCGUCUUUGUAAACCAGGUCUACCCCGAGACUCGCCGCCAUGCAGAACUCUGCUUCCUCUCUUGGUUCCACGCCAGGCUGUCUCGUUACAAGCAUUACCAUGUCACCUGGUUCAUAUCCUGGAGCCCCUGCUCUGACUGUGCACAGGAGGUGGCUGAGUUCCUGAAGAGGCACAGGAACGUGAACCUGAGCAUCUUCGCUGCCCGCCUCUACUAUUUCUGGCGCCCAGAAUUCAAGCAGGGCCUUCGCAGCCUGGAUAGCGCAGGGGCACGGGUGGCCAUCAUGUCCUUCAGGAAUUUUAUACACUGUUGGAGAAACUUUGUGCACCACGGUGAAACGUGCUUCAAUCCUUGGAGAAACAUUCAUAAAAAUUACAUGGUCCUGGUGGCAACGCUUGAGGACAUUCUCUGAAACACAAAGAAUGGGCUAAAAGAGGACGUAUUCAAACAGCAGUUUGGCAACCAGCCGCGGGUCACAAAGCCCUACCGCCGGAGAAAGACCUACUUGUGCUACCAGCUGAAGGGGCUCGAUGGCUCCAUAAUUGACAAAGACUACUUUCAAAACAAGAAGAAGCGCCACGCAGAAAUUCGCUUUAUUGACAAGAUCAAGUCCCUGGGACUGGACAGAGUCCAGAGCUACGAAAUCACCUGCUAUAUCACGUGGAGCCCCUGCCCGACCUGUGCCCUAGAGCUGGUUGCAUUCACCAGAGAUUACCCCAGACUGAGCCUGCAGAUCUUCGCCUCCCGCCUGUACUUCCACUGGCGCAGGCGGUCUAUUCAGGGGCUGCAACAGCUGCAGACAUCAGUCCCCCUGGCUAUCAUGCGUUACCCAGAGUUUGCUGACUGCUGGGAAAACUUUGUGGACCACAGGGGAGAGCCUUUCGAGGGCUGGGAUAAGCUGAGGGAGUACAGCGAAAGCAUAGACCGACGGCUCCAGAAGAUCCUGAGGCCCUCAAAUCUUAAUGGUUUAGAGAAUAACUUCAGAAAUUUGACAAUUGGGCCCGUUGGCCGCGGAUGGCAGACCCACUCAGGACGUGGCUUUGCCUUCGCUGUCCACGGCAUCACCACCAUCUAUGCCAUCGCCACCAUCAUCACCCUGCAGAGCUGGGGCACGGUCCUCCAGGGGCUGGGAUAG